AUGAGCGUAGCAACCCAGAACAUGGCAGGAGUACCCAUACCUCCCGCCCACCAACAUCAGCCUCAACCACAUGCCGCCUCAGAUUCGAUACAAUUACCGCCCUCGCCACCAGAGACCGUAAAUGGAGACGACUCCAAGUCUACCACUUCGACAUCAGAACCAGACUUUCCACUCCCACCACCAGCGAAUACCCCGCCGCAAGUUCUGGAUGUCGACAAGCCUACGCCAGAUGCGCAUGUACCACGAGAUUCGAGACUAAUCCGGCUAACGGGUGUUCAUCCCUUCAACACCGAGGCACCAUUAACAGACCUGUUCAACGAGGGUUUCUUGACCAGCCCGGAGCUAUUCUACGUGCGGAACCAUGGUGCAGUCCCUGAAGUGCAGGAUGCAGAGUGUCUGGACUGGGAAUUCUCAGUUGAAGGUCUAGUAGCAAACCCCCUCAAAAUCACUUUGCGGCAGUUGCUGGAAGAAUACGAGAACGUCACGUACCCUGUCACUUUGGUCUGUGCUGGUAACAGGCGGAAAGAGCAGAAUGUCGUUAGGAAGAGCAAGGGCUUUUCGUGGGGCCCCGCCGGCUUAUCAACGGCGCUUUUCACUGGUGUCGUCAUGAAAGAUAUCAUUGAGAGAGCGAAGCCACUACGGAAAGCAAAAUACGUGUGCAUGGAAGGUGCUGACAAACUUCCUAAUGGAUACUAUGGUACCUCUGUGAAGCUCAACUGGGUCAUGGAUCCAAACCGCGGAAUUAUGUUGGCGCAUAAGAUGAACGGUGAGAUGCUGAGACCUGAUCACGGCAAACCGUUGAGAGCUGUGAUACCGGGACAGAUCGGAGGUCGAAGCGUGAAGUGGCUGAAAAAGCUGAUUAUCACGGCUGAGCCUAGCGACAACUGGUAUCACAUCUACGACAACCGGGUACUACCAACCACGGUCGACCCAGAUGAAGCAGCAAAGAAUUCAAAAUGGUGGAUGGAUGAUCGCUACGCCAUCUAUGAUCUGUCACCCAACUCGGCCAUUGCAUGCCCCGCACACGAAGAGAAACUGGCCCUUUCUUCGAGUCCUGGAUCAUACAACGUUCGUGGCUAUGCCUACAGUGGCGGCGGACGACGUGUGACACGCUGCGAAGUCUCUCUCGAUAAAGGAAAAACAUGGCGACUUGCAAAGAUCAACUACGCAGAAGACAAGUACCGGGGUUUCGAAAAUCAACAGCUAUACGGCGCAAGACUGGACAUGGACUGGCGCGAGACGAGCUUUUGCUGGUGUUUCUGGAACAUAGAGAUUGCCACCGCCGAGCUGAAAGAGGCGGAUGACAUUGUGGUGCGGGUGAUGGACGAAGCGAUGUGCGUUCAACCAAGAGAUAUGUACUGGAGUGUGCUGGGUAUGAUGAACAACCCUUGGUUUCGGAUCGUCAUACACAAAGAAGAUGAUACGCUUCGCUUCGAGCAUCCGACACAGCCCGCGCUGAUGCCUGGUGGCUGGAUGGAGCGCGUCAAGAAGACUGGCGGAAAUCUCACUAAUGGCUACUGGGGCGAGAAGAUUGGUGGUGAAGAGCCGGAGCAUGCCGCUAUUGAGGAGGCAAAAGAGAUCAAGAUGACAAAGGAUGGCGUCGACAAGGUCAUUGAUAUCGAUGAAUUACGGAAGCAUGACAAGGUCGAGAACCCAUGGUUCGUCGUUAACGGCGAAGUUUAUGACGGUACUGCUUUCCUUGAAGGUCACCCUGGUGGUGCACAGAGCAUCGUGAGCGCCGCAGGCCUAGACGCCACGGACGAGUUCAUGGCGAUCCAUAGCGAAACGGCAAAAGCCAUGAUGCCAGACUACCACAUCGGCACGCUCGACGAUGCAUCCCGCAAAGUACUCGCAGAAGGCGAACACGUCCCAGAAUCCAACGAACCGCGGCCCAUCUUCCUUGACUCCCGCACAUGGCGCAAAGCCCUCCUACAUUCCAAGAAGAAGGUCUCCUGGGACACACGCAUCUUCCGCUUCAAGCUUGACCACGAAGACCAAGCCCUCGGUCUCCCAACCGGCCAACAUCUCAUGAUCCGCCUCCGCGACCCCGUCACCCGUGAAGCCAUAAUCCGCUCCUACACGCCUAUCAGCCAAACGUCACAAAAAGGAUUCUGCGACGUGCUCAUCAAAGUCUACGCCGACACCCCUGACCGUGCUGGUGGCAAGAUGACAAAAGCACUCGACUCUAUUCCUACGGGUCACUGGGUCGAUUUCAAAGGCCCAAUCGGCAAGUUCGAAUACCUUGGUCGUGGCCUCUGCGCUGUUAAUGGCAAGGAGAGGAAGGUAAAGCGCUUUUUCAUGAUCUGUGGUGGAAGCGGCAUCACGCCUAUCUUCCAGGUCUUGCGUGCUGUUAUGCAGGACAAAGAGGAUACUACGUAUUGCACUGUGCUCAACGGCAACCGCCUAGUGGAGGACAUCCUAUGCAGGGAGGAUCUAGACGCGUUUGCUAGGGGCAAUACAGAGAGGUGCAAGUUGCUGUAUACGUUGACGCAAGGGCCAGAGGAUUGGGAAGGCUUGAGGGGACGAAUUGGUGCGCCGCUGCUCAAGGAGCAUUGUGUUAGGGAUGAGGGUGAGAGCCUGGUGCUUAUUUGCGGGCCAGAGGCUUUGGAAAAAGCCGCACACAAGGCGCUGAACGAGCAGGGUUGGAGUGAUGAGGAGUUAAUGUUCUUUUAA